GCUGUUGACUGCUAAUCGCAAUGUAAACACGAGCCCUUAUCUGGCGGGUGGCCAUUGCUAAGCAGCUUGAUAUAAGGCCCUUUGCUGCGACUCGGCCACUUCCCACGAGGAGCAAAUCCCCGGUCUUCGCUCAGAACUCUUCCGAAUGGAGUGCAAGUGGAGCACUGGCUUUGCGGCUUUUCUGGUGUUGUGGUUAGUCCACAAUGCCUCAUCGUCCGCCAUAGACCGGCUACUCACUCACAGCCGGAUCCGUGCCAUAAAAGAAGGACCCAACAUGUGCGCUGUGCAGCAAAUCGAGAAUGGCAAGAAGUAUUUCUCGUCUUGCCAACUGUGGUACAGAAAGAAGAUUUGCAAUCGUCCUGCGACUGUCUCGUACGAAUGCUGUCCUGGUUACGUAUCUUUGUCCGGACAAACAGGCUGCCCAGCAAUUGUCCCACUAAACAGCAUUUACAAGACAGUCGACGGCCUCGGGAUCAAGGUCACCAAAGCGCGGGUGGACAAGGCAGACCUGGGAAGCGACCUGGAUGGGCCGGGCGCCUACACCUUCUUUAUGCCCACCAACGAGGCGUGGGAGAGAAUUCCCGCAGUGCAGGCAGCGGAGCUGGAGGACCCGGCGGUGCUCAAGUCGCUGCUGCUGUCGCACGCCGUCAACAAAAGGCUGCUCUCCCGACACCUCAAGUCCGGCUCUGCGCUCGCCUCCAUGCAGUCCGGCCGCUCCAUCUACGUGCAGCAGUCGCCCAACGGCAUCCUGACGGUGAACUGCGUUCGCGUGAUCAAGCCGAAUAUCCUGGCCACCAACGGGGUCCUGCACAUGGUCGACGGGAUCAUCCCAAGGGUCUCCAACAACAUCCGCAAAAUCCUGGAAGAGGACAGCGAGCUGUCAACGCUGAAGUUGGCGAUCCAGAAGGCUGGGCUGAUGGACAUGGUGACCAAGGAAGGCCCCAUCACUCUAUUAGCUCCAACCAACGCGGCAUUUGAGAAGGUUCCUGUGGACGUUAUGGAGCGCAUCCUGAAGGAUCCAACCUCCCUCAAAGCGCUCGUCACGCACCACAUCAUCCGCACGGUGCACUGCUCCGAGGCCAUCCUGAGCGGCUCCAGCGUGGACACGGUCGAGGGCUCCUCGCUGGUCAUCGGCUGCGACGGGGACCGCUUGACCAUCAACGCGGAGGCGGUGAUCGAGCAGAGGGACAUUGUGGCCACCAACGGUGUGGUGCACAAGGUCAGCGAGGUCUUCAUCCCCGACUUGGCCAAGACCGCCAUAGAGCUCACACAGACCGAGGAUCUAUCCAAGUUCUCCAACAUGUUUUCUGAAGAGGGUCUCCAGGCUUCCCUGAGGCCCAAUGUGGCCUACACGCUCCUCGCGCCCAACAACGAGGCCUUCACCGACAACACCAUGCAGGAGAUGUCCACGAACACCCGCGACAUUCUGCUCAACCACGUCAUCAAGAACCAGCACUCACUCUACCAGCUGUACGGUGGGCAGACGCUGGACACCCUGGGUGGGCGGAAACUGCGCGUGUUCGUCUACCCGACCGCGAUCUGCAUUGAGAACGCGUGCCUGGAGUCGCAGGAGCGCACCGGGCGGCGCGGGGCCGUGCUCGUCAUCAGAAAUGUCCUGCGCACGCCGAGCAAGAGCAUCAUGGACAGCCUGGAGAGCAGCCAGCACUUCAGCAUUUUGGUGGAGCUCAUAAAGGCGGCCGGCCUGAAACAGCAGCUUUCCCGAUCGGGGACUUUCACGAUCUUCGCCCCGACGAACGAAGCGUUCGCAUCGAUGACCGAGCUCGAGAUCAACGCGCUGAAGGCUGACCCAGACCUCCUGGAGAACAUCCUCAAGUUCCACAUGCUCAAUGAGGUCGUCGUGAGCGGCGGCAUCGCCAACAGGGUGACCAACUUCCUGACGACACGUCUCGGAGGAUCCUUAGAGGCCACGACGAAAAACGGCCACUGCAUGAUCAACGGGAAGGAGCUGGAUGAAACGGAUCAGAUGGCGACAAACGGAGUGAUCCAUUCUAUCAACACCUUCUUCAGGCCCAAAGAGGUCAGUGGCGUGUCCUUCAACUACGUGCACGGCAUGGUGAAGGUGACGAAAAUCACGAGGACCUUCCAGAGUUACACCGUCACGACGAGCAAGAGCAAGAGCAACUCGAAGCGCUCGGCUCUGCGGCCGGCCAAGGCUCCCAAGAAGAAGCCAGCGGAGAAGAGCUCCCGCGCCAAGUCAAACAGCAAGCAAUAGAGAACACACUCCGCCGUAUUUGGCCUGUCUUGUCAAGUAUAAAUGUCUCUUUCGGGGGGGGGUUAUUGUGUGGGUACGCGAGCAUGUUUGUGUGCGUGCGCAAGAUAUGGUCAUUUGUUGCAACGGAACCGUUUGGCCGGGUUCAGCUUGCGUUCACAUUGUCGCCAAGGGUCGUCGUCGCCGUCGUCAUCAUCUCGUGCCAGUUUUGCUCAAUGGGACCUGCCUCUGAUGAAUCUGACGUGUGAAAGGUAGGUGGGUAAAGGUGCAGCCCUGCACAUUCUUACCCGUGCAACUGCUCGUAGAAGGACCUCCGCUAGAGAGAGCUGUAGAGAUCCCCUCCCCCGGAUAUGUGGCCUACGUUCCCACGCUACACUUAACGCUAACAUAAACCUGAUCAAACAUUCACUCUCAAAUCUAAGCACUCAGCCCCAUGGUAAGUGUUUAUAUAAAUACCAAAACAAUUAUUGACUCAGAGGAAGAUUAUUUGGAACAAAAAAGCAUACGGCAACACACUUUUAAAUCUUUUUUUUUCCAACUCGUAAAAUGACACACGGUUCUGAGGGAUGGACUUUGCAGUGCCAACGUGGAUAGAUAACCAGCAUCGGGGGCAGCGGCCGGGAAGGCGAGCAGGACCGCAGGACCACCUCACUUUGUCUUGAAAUGAAUAAACAAGCUUCGGUGCUCUGCAUGGCCAAGACGAGUGAAUUAACGAUGCUACCGCAGGCGCAAUGGCCCACCGCCCAUACCCUGCAGCACAAAGCGUCACGUCGAAGGCAGCAUGCGGGAGUGCAGACUGACCACCAGUGGCACUCCGACGGUCGUCAAAAUAAUCUGAAUCGGCGAUUUCCGGCUCAAACGAGCAUCGAUGCGGUGCUCAUCUCCCGUUUACAGCCCUGAGCCGGUGGUGUAAAUUCCACGUUCAUGUGCCGGGGACAAGUAUGUCCGUAGGACAACCACUGUUGACUAACUCCACAGCGUGGUACUCGCGUAGUGUUGUGGACCCUGGAGGGAUGGUCGGCUGACUCAACCCCCCCUGCAUCUACCACUGAGCUACCUGGCCAGUUUGUUGCCUCAGGGUCUCCAAAGCACGACACUUUAUUGUAACCUUAAAUCCUGAUUCGCCGUACACAGACACGAUAGCCACUUAUAUCACUCGUUUCCCAGGCAAAAGAAUAUGCAUGUUAGUGUGUGUUAGGUUCUUGGCUUUACGCUAUCAGAUUUUCAAACUGACCUCGACCUAUCUACUUGAUGCCGACUCCAUUUCAUGCAAUCCGUGCAUUAGCACGGUUAGCUACGUACGGUGCGAAAGAAAUGCAACGUACAUACGUUGUUGCCAAUCUGUCUCAGACCGGAAGCUUCUCCCAAAGUUCCUGGGAGGGGUCAUCGAUCCACUGUUGGAUGAGGGCCUCAAGCUGUGUGGGUCAUCGGCGUGAUUUGACCGUGCCUCGCCACGCGAGUCAGUGCAGAUUGGUGUAGGCAGGCGGCAUUAGACGUUGGUGCAUAUCAGGUAGAUAAGUCCAUUUGAUUUUGUCUGCACUGCCCGCUGCUGCCCACCACGUAUAUCCUCACAGCGCAAUGCCGACCUGGUUCUCCGUGGCAGUCACCCACCCAAAGCAAUGCUCUCAAGCCGACUCGUGAGAGAUGACAACAACACAACAACACGCUAGGUGGUGCUUUUUUGGCAGUUUCUACUUUGAAUGUGACGAUUGUUCCAUUCGUGGAAAUGCGCCUUUGUCAAUUUCCCGGUCUGGUCAAGUUUUACGAGAUUUAAUGCGUUGCUCUUGGCCUUUAGAAACUGUAUAAAAUUAAACCGUAUACGUAUCUUAAAUGAUAAAUGGGUGGUCUGAUUACAGCUGGUUUUGAUUAGUUAUCUGUAUUCAGAGUGAAUUAACUGCCGUACGUAAAUUCAAAGAGUGCCGUUAGCUAAUAUAUUUAGAUCUAAAAGUAUGAGUUAAACAAGGAAAAGAAAAUGUGCAAAUAAAAUAACAGUGCCUAUCUUGGUAUUGCAAGGUGUAAAUGGGAAACGGUUGUUAUGACGGCAGUCAAUGUCUCAGGACUUGGGUAAUAUUGUAAGAUAACUAUUAUGCAUAAAAUGGAAAAUUUAGUGGGAAGUUGGUAAGCCAGACAGUGCCAUGACUAACGCCGCAUAAUCUCUUAAUGUCCUACAUAAAAUCGCGGUGUAAUUCACUCUAAUGGUCAAAGGUAACAGUUUGACUGUCGCCUGAUGAAGCUGGUUGUAAUUACUGGCGAAACGUCGUACUCGGAUUGUAAAUGUUGUGGCUUUGCUCUCCAACACACCGGCGUGCUGUACUAGUGACGAAUUGGCCACGUUCUGUUUACUCAACAAACCUUACUAAUUAGCUGUGUCGGGUGGUGGCGGGUUUAACGACACAUUUAUAUUUUUACACGAGCUAACCCAAAAAAACUUUAUUAUGAAUAGCAACAGUCUUUGGUAGACCAAAUGUAUUUAACUCUUGUGUAUGCAACAACUACACCUGAACGUGUUAAUAGGUACACUAUAUAUGACUCCUCUGAGAUAUGUAUCAUUGGCAUUUUUUUCGUGUGUUGAAAUUGCUUCUUUACAUAUUAAUUACCGUAGUUUCUUGGGGUUUUUUGUAGAAAACAUCUUAGAAGCCUCUUGUGUGUCUUUAAGAAUUGUGUUGAGCAGAUAUAAUACAAAUUAUAUAUGCACAUACAUAUGCAGUAAAAUAAGGUUAGUAACCAUAGUGAAGUAAGACAUUCAAAUUGGUAUGGUUCAUAAUCAUAGCUGUUUAGACAUUGGAUGUAAUAGGCGGUAUGCUCAUACAAUUGUAGAGUGAUUGACUAUUAAGGUAAAGAUAAUUCCACAUAUUUCUUCACAUGCGGUAGCAUUACCUGUUCAGCUAAUAAUGUGGGACAAUCAGAAUGCCACCAAUACUUGAAAGCAACAUGAACAUGCUAACGGUGUCACAUCAAGGUGGUAUCAACUGGGACCGAUUUAAAUGAUCAUAGUGAGGUUCUCGUGAACAAUGAGUUCCAUCGUGUUGGUAUUAUCGAUCUCUUGAACGGCUAUGCACUUCAAUCGAGUAAAAUAAGUAGAACUCUUAUACGCGGUGAUGUGGGGUACACACGUCACGGAUUCUAUUGUGGGUUAUUCACAAAUUUACUCCAGUUUAUCCGUACGAAAACAAAGCGCACAAUUGCGGAUAACCAGAUGCAUUUUCCGUUGAGCUUCUCUUAACCGUGAAAAUGUGGUCAUUCCACAAAUCAGGACGGGAAUAACUACAGAUCAUAGGGACGAUAGGGCCGCAGAUAAUAUGAGUUUUGGUAGACCCUACAGCGCCAAUUUAUAAUAGGAGUUGUGGGUAAUAGGGUCGCAGAUAAGAGUUAAACUGUACAGCAUAAUAAUGGCAUGUAAUCUACUAACUCGUAAAGAACAUUGUUUUACGCAGCUAUUGCAGUUAAUAACAAUGUUUUGUUUUUCACAGCUUGUUGGUAUGUUUCAUAUUCUCUGCCAAACACGUCAAUCUUUUUCUUUUUUACAUUGUUUCCACAAUUAAUGUGUUGUUAAAAUUUCCAGUGAGCACAUAUAUACACAGCACAGAUGUUUUGCAAUACCAUUUUAAAACGAUGCUUGAACCUAUCACAUAAAGUGUGUUCACGUACAGUUUAAUUUACACCGUGCACAAAUAUAAUCUCUCAUCGCACUAUUAUCUGCCACAUUGUCUCUGCUCCAGCAAUAAAGGUCUCCUUCUUACAAA